AUGAGCGAUGUUGUUCUCGUGCCCGCUGGAAAGAGCAUGUUCAAGUAUGGCGACCCGAGGAGGAAGCCGACACGUGAGUACCCGAACAUCCUUGGAGGCAUAAUUAGGAAGCAUUUCCCUGGGAUUGUCAAUCUCCCUACUGGUGGCCGCGACGUGGCUUGGACUUGGAAGCACUACAGCUACGCGGAAGAUCCUAGCGGCAAGUACGGAAACAUGCAAGAGCGGGUUGUCCGCCACUUCUGGAAAUACUUCAAGAGGGCUGAGGGCAAGGAAAUUGCGUGCGACGUUAUCUUACACGAGUUGUGCAGGGUGAGGGUGACUGGCAUGCACUACGAGGCACGUGUCCAGUGCGUCCGCGACUGGCACGCCGAGCGCAAAGUUUGGAUGAGUAAGGCUGAUUGUCGGGAUACGCUCAUGGCACCAUGGCAGUACCUGCAGGUAUUAGCAUCGAUGUGUUAUUUAUUUCCGCAUUUUCAUCACCCUCCUCGAUGCGUCGGGGAAGACAGGGCGUGCUUUCUUGCGAUGGUCAUAUGGUGGACAUCCCGCGAGUACGCCCGGAAGCACGAGGAGGGCAAGCAGAAGCGUUCGAGAGAUGGGAGACAGAGCGUGGCACCAAACUUGUUUGGCUUUUUCCAAAAGUCGAAGACCAGGAAGGAGCCGCAUCCUGAAACGGGGUCCUUGUGGGUCAAUGACCUAGCGGAGGGCCAGUGUGGCGCGUACCGCUCGAAGUUCAAGGACAAGCACGGCGAAGACGCCGACCCAACCACCGAAGAGUUUGACGUUGAGGUUGCGGUGCUUGCGGGACAAGGCAAGAAGGGUGGCCGCCUAUGGAUUGCUGACGGGUUAGUCGACCCAAGUACCAUUCCAUCUCUACGCCAGAUCCGUCGUGGGCGUACGAGCGAGCAGCCUCGGGUAGAGACCCGCCCACGGGCUUCGGACCUAGCUAUCGAGAAGUUACGGGCGGAGAUGGAAGAAAGGGAACGGAGGCACCAAGAGGAGCAGAUGCAGAUGCAGCAGCAGCUUAGGGAGAACAUGCAGAUGCAGCAGCAGAUGUUGCAGCAGAUGCAACAACAGCAGCAGAUGUUCCAGCAGAUGUUCAUGAACCAGACCGUGCUGACUUCACCACCGGGGAGUAGUGGUCCUAGCACGUCGUGUCCUCCUAUGUUCCCACAUUUUGUAAGUGGUUAACUUAAUAUCUCCGUCUCAAUCU